GAUUUUUUUCCCCUUCUCAGUUUUCCGGCAUCGUUCGUUCUGUACGGUUUUCCCGAGCGCGAGACAUUUUCCACACACAUAAAAAACUCAGCACACACAAAAACGCUCACAAUUUCACACAUAAUACUAACAAUCGCGGUGAACGGUCACGUAUCGCUGGUGAACUCGCCGGUACGUCAUUGAAGAGCGCGAGCCACCGCCGUCACAUCAGUACAAUUUAUUAAUAUUGUUUCCGUUGUCACCACGCCGCCAGCCACUGCGAUGACGACACGGCAGCGAAACGAACAGCGGCCCGACGACGACGACGACGAUGACGGCGGCGGCGACGGUGACGAUGACGAUGCGGUUUCGCGGUCGCCGCCACCACCACCGCCUCCACCGCCGCUAUCACCAGAACCUCCGCCACCGCCGCUACCACCACCGUUGCUACCACCGCCGCCGCCGCCGCCGCCACCGCGAUCUCCACCGUCACCGGCUCCACCGUCUCCACCACCGACCGUACGACCGGCACUGGAAGACGUGGUGGCCAGCGGAUCUGCCACAUCCGCAGCCGUGGCCGCUGCGGCCGCCAAGUUGCGGCCGGCCGAAUCGCUGAUGCUGAGCCCGUCUCUGUACUACAAACGCCUGUUGGCCGCAAACGUGGCCGCCACUUUUGGCAAAGCCGUCAAAGCGCACCACCAACAGCAGCAGCAGCAGCACCAACAGCUGCAGCAGCAACAGUUGCAACUGAACCCCCACGUCCACCACGGCGUCGGUGGACAUCCCCACGUCACCGCGCUGCACAACGCACACGGCUUGCACUUGCAGGCGGCCGGUCACCAUCACCAACAUCAACUCUUAGGCCAUCACCAGCAGCAGCAACCGUCCGCCACCGCCGGCGACAGAUCCGCGGGAGCCUGCACGUCCGGCGACGACGACGACGACGACGGUGACGACGACGACGACGACGAUGACGACGACGAUUGCGACGAUGAAGACGACGACGCGGACAGCGGCGGACACCAUCACAAAAUCGGCGGCCCGGAGAAGGCGGCUUUCCUGUGGCCGUCGCCGGAGCAACAGGCCCAGCAGCAGCAGCAACAACAGCAACAGCAGCAACAGCAACAGCAGCAACAGCAGCAACAACAGCAACACCAACAACAGCAACAACAACAGCAGCAACAACAGCAGCAGAACAACCUAGCUGCGACCGGUGGUCAGACCUUGGGCCCCGGCGCCGGUAGCCUAAACAACAACAACAACAAUAGUAGCAGCAACAACAACAACAACAACAACAACAGCAGCCACUUGAACGGCAACAAGUGUGGCGUCGGCGGUGCCGGGUCUGCCAUCCACCCGCAACACCUACAGCAGCAAGGUGGCGCGGCCACCGGGGCGGGAGGCACCGGACUGGUGCACUGGAUGUCCAUGAUGGCCGAGCACAUGAACAACGCCGCGGCCACACAUCACCACCACCAUCACCCGCAUCACCAUCAUCACCCGGCCGAUCCGGCCAACGCCAUGCACUACAUGUGGAACACGCCGGCCGUCGACGUGCAAUGCGGUGGACAUGGCAAAGAAGUGGACUAUAGUUGGACUAGACAGACAGCCAUGAAACAAGGCUAUGAGGCGAAAAUGAACAACAACGAUCACAUUCAACAGCUUUCAAAAGGUGGUAUGGAAGAUGGUUCUGGUAUGUACCAGCAGCACGGGGGUGGUACGCCGAGGUCACAUAGUACGGCAAGUACGGCUAGCAGCAUUUCACCCACUGGUAACUCGGCGACGCCCAUGCUGAUCGUACCGCAUCCGAUUAAUGCUGCUAAAAUCACGGACGCACAUCACGUGGUCACACAUCAAAAUGGUGGUGGCAGAAAAUAUACUUGCAAAAUGUGCCCAUCGGGUCGCGGUAGGAAGCGGGGCGUGAACAAAGGUAGAGACGGUCUCGGAUGGUCGAGUGUGGACCACGGAAACCCAGAGCAGAUAUUUGCGUCCAAGUCGGAAUUGCAAUUGCACUCCCAGCUGCACGUCAAAGACGUGAAACCGUACAAAUGCCAUCAGUGCAACAAGACAUUCGCCAACAGCUCGUACCUGAGUCAGCACACCCGCAUCCAUCUGGGCAUCAAACCGUACCGGUGCGACAUCUGCCAACGGAGGUUCACCCAGCUCAGCCACCUGCAGCAGCACAUACGCACUCACACCGGCGACAAGCCGUACAAGUGCAGGCACCCGGGAUGCACCAAGGCGUUCUCGCAGCUCAGCAACCUGCAGUCCCACUCUCGGUGCCACCAGACGGACAAGCCGUUCAAGUGUAACUCGUGCUACAAGUGCUUCCAGGACGAGCAGUCUCUGCUCGAGCACAUACCCAAGCACAAGGAGUCCAAACACCUCAAGACGCACAUAUGCCAGUACUGCGGUAAGUCGUACACGCAGGAGACGUACCUGUCCAAGCACAUGCAGAAGCACGCCGAGCGGAUGGACAAGCGGCCGCCGAUCAUCGGCAUACCGCGCGUGGCCCUGGAGAACGGCGCGUACUGGGGCAAGAUGUCGCCGGAUACGGCCAACAACCUGGUGGAGGCCAUCAAUCAGCAACAGCAACAGCAGCAGCAAGAAUGCAUGCAGGGAGGAGGCGGCGGCGGCGGCGGUUCCAACGGCGGUGGUGUAGCAACCGCCGGCGACUUGAACGCCGGUGGCCCGUCUAGCACCUCGGCGUCAGUGGCCGCCGACGAUCAGCCGUCCAACAGGCACGGCGCCCACCUACCCCCCGCCCCGCCCGAGUACCUGUCGGACACUUCGUCCGUCAAGACGAGCACGUCGGCGUUCACGCCCAUCCAGUCGUUCGGACUUCCGACGCACCCCCCGCCGCCACCGUCGCACCACCCGCACCACCCUCACCACCAGCAGCACCACCAACAGACCAUGUACAUGCCGUACAACCAUUUGUCGUUCUCAGGCGCCAAGCAGCUGAGCGCGCACGGCCACCAACUGUCGCCGAUGACCGGGCCCAUGGACAUGAAGCCGCCGUCCGUCGGAUCAAUGCCCAACGGGUUCCCCAAUCAGCUGAUCUCGCUGCACCACAUACGCAACUACUCGCACCAGCCGAGUCCGUCGUCCAUCAUGUCCGAACACCUGUUGCACGGUAUGAAGGACAAGGUGCAGUAGUAGUGGGUGAUGAGUGGCGGGCAUCGUCGUACCCACUCCGUUUAUAUUAUAAUAAUCGUACCCACAUUGGCACGCCGCCGCGACCCGCGCGGCCGUACCGUAUGUCGUAAUAUCUGUAUUUAUGUAUAGUUUUAAAUUAUGCAUAAUGUCAUAAUAAUAUUAUUAUUAUAUGUGUAUCGGUACGCGGAAAACCGUAUUGAUAAAAAUAUUUAUGAAACGUCCGCACGGUAUUCCUUAUAAUAUAUUAUAUUAAUAUUGUCGUCGUCGUCGCCGCCGCCGCCUGUGUCUCGUGUGGUUAGGUUAGAUAUAUAUUAAAACAUGUAUACAUUUAUACCUGGUUGGGUAUACCGGCUGUGGGUAUUAUGUAUGUAUAUAUUAUAUUAUGUAUACCUACCUUGCGACGCGAGCCAACUGUGAUGACGCACGCAUCAGCGAAUUGUCGACGACCAAUUUUCUCGCCGAUAUACGCCGUUUAAAAUCAUUAUUUUUAUUAUUAUUAUUAUUUGUAUUAUUAUAAUUAUUAUUAUCAUUAUUAUUAUUAUUAUUAUUAUUAUUAUUAUUAUUAUUAUCAUCAUUAUUAUAAAUGUGUUUUUAUACGUUUUUGUCCAAUGUCAACGUGUAUGUGUCUCAUCGUCGUCUCGAUCCAAUCCUUUGAUUAGUUUUUUUUUCAUUUAUACCUCCCUAAUAUUUUAGUAUAUUAUAUUAAAUUAAGUUUUGGUGUUAAGUUAUGGACCGAGUGUAUACGUGCGAUUUUAUUGUCCGUAUCUGUAAAACGCGUGUAAAUAUUUUAGAGCGAGUGACGAGAUGAGGAGAACAGCUAUCGUUAAUUUGUAUUGUAUUUUUUUUUCUUCAUCAUCUUCUUCUCGUCAAAGUGAAUUGUCUGUACCCAAGACUGAUGUGUACAUAAUUAAUAAUAAUUAUUGUAAAAUACAUAAACAACUAACGGAAAUCGGGCAGUAAAAUACUAUCGAAAAAAAUAUUAAAUAAUAAUGCAGUUAUAAAUGUUAGAGGUAAUAAACAUAUUUUCUCUUUAUUUUCAUUAUUAUUAUCUUUUUUUUUUUUUUUAUGGAGAGCGUUAGGGACACAGAGGUCAGUCGCGUGGAUCUCAGUAAAUUAUA